GAUUUUAAAAAUUUGACAUUUUAAUUGAAAUUAGUGAAAUUUUGUAUAAGUUCAUGAACCUUACACUGAUGACGGAUGAAUACAUCCGAGUGAUUGAGUGCGGUUCUAUAAGUUUCAUAAACGUAGCUAUGCGUGUACAACACUUGCUACGUGACACUUUUGAGAUAAAUAGGUUAUAUACCUCGAUGAUUUUGACGGCAAAAAAAUAACUUAUCUAAAAUGAGUGAAAAAAAUACUAACACUGCAUUAGUUCGAAGGGUCAACAAAUUACUCGAAUCAAGAGUAGAGCAUGACAAAGACACAUUGGAGGCUUUAAAAGAAUUGUCUACGUUCUUUACGGAAAAUACUUUAAAUUCCCGCAGAAAUUUACGUAGUAAAAUAGAGAGAAGAAGUCUUGCAAUAAAUGAAGAAUUCUUGUCCGCCUUCCGUGAAGUAAAAUCUUCGUUGGAUGAUAUAUAUCAAGACGUUUUAGCAAUGAAUACUGCAGUUCAGUGCAUGACAAAUCGUUUACAAGUUACAAAAGCACAAACAUCACAACUCAUUGAUCAAACAACAAAACUUCAAAAUAAAAGUCAAACAUUGUCUAUGCAACAAGAAGUUGCAAGUGCAUUUAUAAAAAAUUUCCAAUUGACUUCAUCAGAGCUAAAUAUUUUGCAUGGACCUAGUAGAGAAUCACCGAUCACAGAAGAAUUUUUCUCUGUGGUCAAUCGUGUUCAGGAAAUUCAUAGCAAUUGUAGGGUAUUAAUGCAAUCAGGGUACCAAACAUUAGCUUUAGAUAUUAUGCAAAGAAUGACAUUGCUACAAGAAGCAGCCCUUGAAAGGUUAUAUAGAUGGACACAAAAUCAAUGUAAAUAUAUUGAAAAUGAACAUUUGGCUGUAUUGUUAAUUAAAGCAAUGAACAAAUUACAAGAUAGGCCAGUUUUAUUUAAGUAUAUUUUAGAUGAAUAUUGUGCAGCUAGAAGAACUGCUUUAGUAGGGUCUUUUAUUGAUGCAUUAACAUUAGGAGAAGGGUAUAGUACAACACCUAAUCCUAUUGAAAUGCAUGCAAAUGAUCCUAAAAGAUAUAUAGGUGAUAUGCUUGCCUGGCUUCAUCAAGCUAUUCCUGUUGAAAAGGAGAAUAUUCUAACUUUAGUAAAAGGCUGUGACAAAACAGAUUUAUCAGAUCAAAUUAAACAGUGUUUAAGUAAUAUCACAGAAGGACUUUGUCAUCCUUUGAAGUCAAGGAUAGAACAUGUCAUAUCUAUGGAUGCACCAGCAACAGUAUUAUACUCUAUUACAACUCUGCUUAGAUUUUAUCGUGCUAUAAUUCAACAAGUAAUACCAGACAGUACCUUAACUUCAACACUGGCAGAUUUAUUAGUACUAAGCGAAAAAAGUUUUCUCAGUAGACUUCAAAAGGAAACACGCGCAGCGCUCGGUGAACGCGCAGAGCCGCCAGGAAACGAUUUGGUACCAGCCCCAUCCGUUUCCAGAUUAUUAGCCCUUCUUAAUGAAAUUCUUUCUGUAGCAAGUAUUGCUGAAGACAGAGAAAAAGACAUGCAACAAAUAGUAUCAUGUAUUAUUGAUCCUCUUUUGCAAGAAGUUAAUGAAACUGCAUCAAGGUUACCAACAGUAGACAUGGCUGUAUAUCUUUUAAAUUGCAUGCAUCAGAUACAGUCUACUCUAGCAUUAUAUGAAUACAUGGAUCAGCGGUUAGAAAGGCUGCAGGCUCAAUCUGAUGCACAAAUCGAUACUCUUACAUCAGAACAAGCUAGUUCAUUAGUUGCUCAUUUAAAUCUGGGUUCAAUUUACACGAUCUUACAAGGACAUGAACAAGGUCCAUUAUCUUCUAUUCCAGGAAUGGAUCCUUUAAGUGUAAAAGAAUUUACAAACAAAUUGGAGGCUUUUCUACUAAUGCCAGAUGCGUUGUUACUCCCACAAAUAAGUUUGUUGCAAAGUAAUAAUUUUCGUUCAAUAACGCAAAAACGUUCUUUUGAGGUAAUUGGUGCUAUUUAUAAACAGUUAUACGAAGCAUGUCAUGAUCCAAAAAAUUUAUAUCAAAACCCAAACGGUUUGUUUACAAGAAGUCCUGAAAAUCUCUUAGAAACAUUAAUUUCUAUUUAAUUGUGAAAAGAAAAGAAAUUAAAAAUGUGAUCAAACAUUAA